AUGGCGCCGAUUUGUCAUCUCCCUCUAGAGAUUACCGGCUAUAUAGUUGAGCGUCUUUCGUCCAAGGAUUUAUUGUGCCUACGUCAAACGUGCCGCACGCUCCAUAAUGCGACGCUUCACACAUUUUCCCAGAAGCACUUCCGCACGCGCCGCGUGAUGCUUGAGCGCCGAAGCUUGGAAGCACUAGCUAAUAUUGCCGAGCAUCUUAUUCUCGGCCCAUGUAUUGAAGAACUGGAAAUAUGCACCAAUCACCUCUUGCCUCUUGAUGAGCUGCGUAUUAUUAAACCGCCCUCACGGCCCAUUAGAGAGGUUAUUUCCAAGAGAGACCACUGGGAAAGUGGCCAAGAUGAAGAGACCGACGGAGAAAUGGAGGAAGAGGAUGAAGGAGAAAACACAAGCGGUGAAGAAGCCGACAGUGAUGAUGAUGACCACUGCCCUCACUUGCGCCGGCUGAAUGAGACAGCUUAUUGCAAGGCGUUCAAUGACCAGGAGGAACUCAUUGAGCGGGGAGGCGACAUCGAGUACCUCACGCGCGCCAUGAAGGGCCUUGUUAAUUGCCAGUACAUAAGGAUCACAGACGACAAUCGAGUCUGGGGCCUGCGACGUUUGUGGAAAGAAAUUGGCAUACUGCCGCAAAGGUGUCUUACCUUUAAGGCGCCAAAGAGUGUUGAGCUGGUCCGCCGAAUGCUGUAUGCUUUUUUCACUGCGGUUGCCGAAAGCAACGCCUCCAUCGAGUGUUUAGAGGUCGGUUCUGGCUGUCUUGUUAAUAAUGCCAACCGUAUGAGCCCCGACAUGCUUGCUAAGCCUUCAUCUGCCCUUCUGGAUAGCUUUCGGCUCAAUACCUUGACUACCCUAUAUCUAAGACUCGAUCGAAAGUCUCCCGAGCACAAUGCUACCUCUAUUCACUGGACAUACGAUCUUAUUCAAUUUGUCAACAGAUUUCCGGAGCUCUCUGAACUUGGCCUUGAGUUUGAAUAUCGUGAUGAAGACAGGGAUAGCUAUGACGACACUCCGGUACAACUGUCACCAGACUUCCAAUAUGGGGACCACGUUACCUAUACCCGCUUCCCAAAGCUUUCUCGAUUGCUCUACAUUCCAAAAUUAGAGAUAGUCCGGCUAGGAAUGUUUGACUGCACAAGCAUGGACCUUGCCUUUUUUCUCCUUCGUCACCAGAGGACUCUUAGGGACAUUCACCUUGAGGGAAUCAAUUUUGUUGAUGCCAAGGGUGAGCUUGGGGGUUGGCCUUGGCUUGUUGAGGUAAUCCGAGAUUCUUUCCAAAUUACAUCUUUCGUAAUAGAGCGCUGCUGGGAUGAAAACCUUGGAGACAUACUCAACCGGGAGGCUAAGCAUCUGUAUCAAGAUCCGGAGAAUCGUGUUUUAGAAGCGAUUGAUUCCGAAGGCCUUGAUAAAAUAAUAAAGCUUUUACAAAGGCGAAUUAGAUAG